AAGGCGAAGUUUCCCCUCUCUUUCUAUCUUUCAAUGUGAAUUAUUGAGAGUGUUUUCCUUGAGAAAUUCUUACAUCCUUGUUGUUGAUUCGUUAUAGAAAAUUUCUCCAGCAUCCCUAAUGGCAGAUGACCGCUUAGCGUCUAAUCCAAGAGGACCAGUAAAGUCUUCAGUUUGGAAUGUUGCGGGACGAAUAAGACGGCAGCGAGCUCUUACGGUGUCGGGAAAAAGAAGGGAAUUACUAAUCUGGGCAAAGCGGCUAUGUAGGGUCCGUACUAACGGUAAUGGUGAUGACGAGGAUGCUCGUGUUGAGGAGGAGGUGAUGACUGAUGAAGAGCAGCCGAUAUUAGAGGCUCAUACCAAUAAUAUAGCCGUGGAAGAGCUUCAAUAUCACCAUUUUCUCAAGGAGCUCGACCCCAAAACUAAAGACGAUGAGAUUAAAAUGACUUCUGCCAUGGCGUAUUCUUCUGGCAGCCGGAGAUACGACGUUUUCCCAAGCUUCAGUGGGGAAGAGGUUCGCAAAACGUUCCUUAGUCAUCUUCUCAAGGCGCUUGAACUCAGAUCAGUCAAGACAUUCAUCGAUAACGGGAUCGAGAGAAGCCGUCCAAUCGCCCCUGAGCUUUUAUCGGCCAUUAGAGAAUCGAGCAUCUCAAUUGUCGUCUUCUCUAAUAAAUAUGCUUCUUCAACGUGGUGCUUGGAUGAAUUGGUGGAGAUACACAACUGUUACGAGGACAGUAACUUGGAUCAAAUGGUGAUUCCGGUUUUCUACAACGUUGAUCCUUCUGAUGUCAGAAAACAGACCGGUGAAUUUGGCAAGUUCUUUAGCCAGUCGUGCAAGGGCAAAACAGAGGAUCAUAUAAAAAGGUGGAAGCAAGCUCUUGUAGAUGUAGCUAAUAUGGCCGGAGAGGACCUUCGGAACGGGCCUAACGAAGCGCAUAUGGUUGAAAAGAUAGCCAAUGAUGUUUCGAAUAAACUUAUUACUCCGUCAAAGUGUUCUGGCGAAUUGGUCGGAAUCGAAGCUCAUUUAGAGGCAAUGAAUUUGAUAUUGUCCUUGGAAUCCAAGGGAGCAAGAAUGGUUGGGAUUUGGGGGCCUUCAGGGAUUGGUAAGAGUACCAUAGGAAGAGCUCUUUUCAGUCAACUCUCUAGCCGAUUCCCCCUUCGCAAUUUCGUAACUUAUAAAAGCACCAGUGGGGACGUCUCUAGCAAGAAGUUGAGUUGGGAAAAAGAAUUUCUUUCGGAAAUCUUAGGUCAAAAGGACAUAAAGGUCGAGCAUUCCGGUGUGGUGGAGCAAAGGUUAAAGGACAAGAAAGUUCUUAUCCUUCUUGAUGAUGUGGAUAAUCUAGAGUUUCUUAAGACCUUGGUGGGAAAAACUGAAUGGUUUGGACCUGAAAGCAGAAUAAUUGUGAUCACUCAAGAUAGGCAUCUCCUCAAGGCUCAUAACAUUGACCUUGUAUAUGAGGUGAAGCUGCCAUCUCAAGGUCUUGCUCUCAAAAUGAUAUGUCAAUCUGCUUUUGGGAAAGACUCUCCACCUGAUGAAUUUAAGGAACUAACCUUUGAAGUUGCGAAGCUUGCUGGUAAUCUUCCUUUGGGUCUCAGUGUAUUGGGUUCUUCUUUAAGAGGAAGGAGCAAUAAAGAGUGGAUGGAGAUGCUGCCUGAGCUCCAAAAUGGGUUGAACGGAAAUAUUGAUAAAUUAUUAAGAGUCAGCUAUCAAAGGUUAGAUAGAAAAUACCAAGAUUUGUUCCUUUACGUUGCAUGUUUAUUCAGUGGUGAGAAAGUCAGUUACAUCAAAGGCAUGCGCAGCGGUUCUGUUAACAUUGGGCUUAGAAUAUUGGCUGAUAAGUCCCUCAUACGUAUAACACCGUCUGAAACCGUAGAGAUGCACAAUUUGGUACAGAAAUUGGGUAUAGAAAUUGAUCGUGCAGACUCCAUGGAUAAUCCUGGAAAACGUCGAUUCCUGACGGAUUUUGAGGAUAUUCGAGAAGUAUUGACCGAUAAAACUGGGACCGAAACUGUUGUUGGAAUACAUCUCGACACAUAUUUAUUGAAAGAGUCAUUUCCAAUAGAUGAAAAUUCGUUGGAAGGCAUGAGUAAUCUUCAAUAUCUAAUAGUGUGGUCAGAUAUUGAGGUAGAUCUGCCUGAGAGCCUGGUUUAUUUACCCCGUAAGCUCAGAUUGCUACAAUGGGAUUAUUGCCCGUUGAAGUCUUUACCUUAUACUUUUAAGGCUGAGUGUCUGGUUGAACUCAAUAUGUAUCAUAGUAAGCUUGAAAAGCUUUGGGAAGGAACUCUGCGACUUGGAAGUCUCAAGAAGAUGAUUAUGGAUGGUUCCCCAUAUUUGAAAGAAAUUCCAGAUCUUUCUUAUGCCAUAAACCUCGAGAAAUUAUAUCUUUCUGAAUGCACAUCUUUGGUGACACUUACUUCUUCGAUUCAGAAUGCCAUUAAACUGAGGAAGUUAGAUAUGCGGCAUUGCACACGGCUAGAGAUUUUUCCAACUCACCUCAACUUGGAAUGUCUCGAGUACCUCAAUCUCUCUGGAUGCCAUAAUUUGAGAAAUAUCCCUGUAAUUACAAUGGAAAAAUCAAUCUAUUUUUCGCCACAUGGAAUCAAUAUCCAAGUGAUGGAUUGUUUCUGGAACAAGAAUCUCCUCUCUGGACUGGAUUAUCUGGACUGCCUUAUGAGAUGUAUGCCGUAUAAAUUUCGGCCUGAAAAUUUAGCUUAUCUUGAUGUGAGUGACAAAACGCUUGAGAAGCUAUGGGGAGGCGUCCAGCCGCUUGGAGGUCUUAGGAAGAUGAAUCUGUCAGAAUGUGAAAACCUGACAGAAAUUCCAGAUCUUUCAAAGGCCACCAAUCUGGAGAAUUUGAUACUCAACAAUUGCAAAAGUCUGGUGAUGUUGCCUUCUACAAUUGGGAAUCUUCAAACAUUGAUGGAUUUGGAAAUGAAAGGAUGCACAGGGCUGGAGGUUCUUCCAACCGAUGUCAACUUGUCAUCUCUCGAAUACCUCGAUCUCAGUGGUUGCUCAAGUUUGAGAACUUUUCCUGUCAUUUCAUUGAAUAUCAAAUGGCUCUAUGUAGAUAACACAUCCAUUGAAGAAGUUCCUUGCUGCAUUAAGUAUUUCUCCCGCCUCACUUUCUUAACGAUGCAUGGUUGCCAGAGGUUAAGAAACGUCUGCCCAAACAUUUUCAGAUUGAGACAUCUUACACCUAUCAACUUUACAGACUGUGGAGGUGUCGUCGGUGAUGCCACUGUCAUGGGAACAAUGAAAGAUCACUCUACUUGUCGACCAAUUUAUGAGGGAUAUGAUGAGUUUCUGAAUCGCAAACUUAACCUAGUUGAGCGUGAACUCAUCGUUCGAUCAUACUUGAAGACUACGAUCUUACUAGUUGGGGAAGUUCCUAUGUAUUUCCAACAUCGAGCUUAUGGAGAUUCCGUAACUGCCACUUUAGCUCAGAGCUCUCUUUCUCAAGAAUUCUUGCAAUUCAAGGCUUGCGUCGUGGUUGACUUUCUAGCCGAGGGCACUGAUCGGUAUCCAUUCUUGGAGGUAAACGUUAGCUUCAAUGGCACACAGUAUUGGCAAUCAUUUUUUGAAGAUGCAAAUUAUGAAUUGCUCCUUAAGGAGGAUCAUCUGUUGUUUUGCUCCUUCAAGUUUCAGUCUACAGAUCGUCGUCCAUCUAAAUUGGCUUUCAACGAUGUAAAGUUUAAGUUUUCUUCUUCCAAGAGGAUAAAAGAAUGCGGUGUACAACUCUUGAAUGUGUUUCCAUCUCGAGAUGAUAGUCAUAGAAGCUCUGAAAAAGAUUACAACCAACAGUCUGGAGAAAAAUGUGAUGUACUAGUUGAGACUAAGAGAAGCAAGAAGCGGAUGCAGAUGGCAUUCGGAACAUCUGCAGAAUAUAUUAACUUACCCGGUGGCCAAACUGUAGCGGACACAGGAUUGGCCGCUCUAAAUCCGGAUGUUUCGUUGGGAGAAGCAUCAUUAGUUUCUUCUUUUCCAUGUCUGGAGAGGGAAGCUUUGUGUGUUGGUUCCAUGAUAACUGAGCAAGAAGAUGCAGAUAUUCCCAUCUUGCAUAACUUGUUUUAUCAUUCUGUUGCUAUAUGGAGAGAUUUCAGAGCAUCAAAAUCUUAAUUCUCCAACUCCGGAGGCAUGAAAGUGUUUGUAGUUUCUUCUUUAUCUGAAUGUAGAAACACUCUGUGUUUGCUUUUAAAUUUUCGUUUUUCCUAAAGUUCAAAAAGCCACACUCUUAAGCAUAUUUUGGAAAAAAAUAUCUUUGGCAUGCUUUUUGUAUUGUACCAUACAUGAUGUAUGAUACAUCUAUCUAUUUUAAACGAAAAAGACAUUGAAUUUGUGAACUUAGGGUUUACAUACUUGAA